AUGGAAGAGGAAUCAAAGAAAGACACUAAGCAAGAGUCACCAAAGGAGGCUCGGUAUAGAGGAGUGCGGCGGCGGCCGUGGGGGAAGUUCGCUGCCGAGAUUCGAGACCCGGCUCGGCACGGUGCCCGAGUGUGGCUGGGGACAUUCCUCACGGCGGAGGAGGCUGCAAGAGCUUAUGAUCGUGCUGCUUUUCAAAUGAGAGGUGUUACAGCCGUUCUCAAUUUUCCAAAUGAGUAUCCUUCAUGCUCUUCUAUGAGUUCCCCUUCGUCACUGCCACCUUCCACUUCAACAUCAAUGCCCUCUUCUUCAAUGGUUAAAAGUGAUCAUGGUAAACAUGUUAUUGAAUUGGAGUGUUUGGAUGACAAAUUGUUAGAGGAUCUUCUUGAUUGUGAUGAAAAUGCCUUCGAGAAAGACUUCCCUAAGUAG